GAUUCGCGCCCGAACGGCCUGCAGUGUCGCGCUCGUCCCGAUCGUCCGCUCAUUACCGCCCGCCGCCGCAGCCGUCAUUCGCCGCCACCGCGUUUUCGGCGUGAUGACUCGCCGCCGCCGUGUAUACCAAGGCCCCGAACGAUUAUUAUAACAAUUAACAAUUUAUUGCUAUUAUUAAUAAUAUAAUUUAUUGUAAAAAUAAUUAUUAUAAAACUAAUACGUCUCUCUUAUAUAACGUAAUAAAAUAAUAAUUAUACUCUACAACAAUAAUAUAGUCGAGGUCUUCCCGCAGGUCCGGCUUCCGCGAUACCGUUCGAACACUCGUAAAUAGAUUUUAUUAUACAAUAUUAUAAAUAUUGUGCCGUUGGCGGACGGUUUGUUUUUAUUUUCACACAGUUCGUGUCGGCACGUACGGUUCGACGACGCCGCCGCCGCCGCAUGUUCAAGACGGUGCGCGCCCAACACGGCGCCGGCAAUCUGGUGGCCGAGCUCGAGUACACGAUAUUGCCGCAGACGGACGACCGUUCACCGUCCGCGUCGAGCGGCGAGGACGAACCGCCAACGUGUAGCGCUGCGGCGACCGCGGGUCACCGGACCCAUCUGCACCAUCACCACCAUCACCAUCAACAGCAACAGCAGCAGCAGCAAAAGCAACAGCACCAGUACCAGUACAGGUACCACCAGCACGGCAGCAGAGACGCGUCGCAGCAACCUCAGUCGCACCACCAUCAUCACCACCACCGCAGGUCGUCGUCGUCGUCGUCGUUAUCUUCGGCGACGGCCGACGACGGUGGCGGCGGCGGUGGUGCGGGCACGCGGCGCACCGUUGUCGUCAUCAUAGCGAUGCUGGUGCUCGGGUGCGGCGUCGUGGCGGCCGCCGUGCUGGUGCCCAUACUGUUGGCCGCCCGACUCGUCACCGUGCCCGCCUCGGCCCGGUUGCAGACGUUCGCCGUGGCCGCGUCCGGCGUCAUCCAUUCGGCGCGCGGCGACUACGUGCAACUGCUGCCGGUCAAGCACGCGCCGCCCGGCACGGUCAUCAAUUUCGGACCUCCGCCGCCUCCGCCGCCGCCGCCGUCCACGGGCCACCGGCGCAAGAGACGAUCGGUCAAGGCGGUCAGACCGCGCCGGAGUCGGCCGGUCACCGACGUCAGACACCGGAAACCGGUCCGGACCGACGACCGUUUCCGGUCGUUGGACUUCCGGAUUCGUCAAUAGCGACGUCAAAAAAGUUUCCGGUUUUAUACGGACCGAGAGUGAAGUCGGAUAUUAUGGCAAAAACAAGGAUGCGAUUCCCACCAGACCGUCAAUGAAAAUACAAACCGUAGCGAGUAAAUUAUUGUUUAUAAUUAUAUACAACUAUGUUAAAACAAACUAAUUUAUAAAUUACUCGUCAAUGUUGCGUAUAACUUAUUAAAAUAGUUAAUUUGUUUGUAUACAUUAAAUAUGCAUUAAAAUGUAUUUAUUUAUAUUCAAAUAUUGAAAUACCUAAUUGGAAAAAAAAAACUAUUAUAUUAUGAAGUCACACAAAAACUGUACACUUAACACUUAAACUAUACUGAGUAAUGUUAACAUAUUUUCGUAUUAAAAUUA